CUGGGUCAUCAGGCAUUGGAUCGUCUGGUUCGACAGCGGGUAUCGGGUUACCAGGCAUGACAGCGGGCACUGGGCCAUCAGGCAUUGGAUCGUCUGGCUCGACAGCGGGCAUCGGGUCACCAGGCAUGACAGCGGGCACUGGGUCAUCAGGCAUUGGAUCGUCUGGCUCGACAGCGGGCAUCGGGUCACCAGGGAUGACAGCGGGCACUGGGUCAUCAGGCAUUGGAUCGUCUGGCUCGACUGCGGGCACCAAGUCAUCUGGCAAGACAGUGGGCUCCGAGUCACCUGACAAGACAGCGGGCACCGAGUCACCUGGCAUAAUAGGAUCA